AUAUCAGUAAUAGUCGCUAGAGGGUGCACACACACACACACACACACACUGCAUUAUGAAUAGGACGCUUUAUUCUGUCACUGGGCGGUUUUAUCAGUUCAAAUUGGAUGUAAGCUUGUUGGCACUCGCCUUUAAAAGGACCAAAGGGCAGUUUUAACUUUAUUAUCGCUGCUUAUAAAAGUAAAACAAGAGACUUUCCAGUGAGCAAACGAGCACCACAGCAGCACCCUGACUCAGUGUGACCUGAAUGAGAUGGAACCUUAAUUAGUAUCACCUGUGUUUAUCGUACUAUUUAAUGUCAAAAUGGAUGCUGUGAAAAAAGCUCUAUCAAUAUAAAUAAGUGUAUACUUCAUCCUACUCCUUUUUGAACAAGUCUAAUGGACUCCAGCAGUGAAGACGGAGAGUAUCAAAAUAUUGAAUAUUCCUCCCAACAGGAUGCAGCCCAGUACAGAGUGACCUAUCCUCAUGGGAGAAACACAAAAGAGGUGGAGGAGUUCAACAAAAAGAGGUAUCCAGUGAGUCGCUCUGGCAACAAUCCAGGCAGAGUUAAGCGGGUGGUGUCGUGUAAGAGGAAGACCCAUCAUAUGAUGGUCGCUCGGAGGAAGCAGCUCGUGGCUGGGAGGACAUGUGAUGCUGCAAACAAGGAGAAUGAGAUAAAGCACAUGCAACAGGAGAUAUUUGACAUGGACCCUUGGGAGUUCCCACUAAAUGUCAAUAACAGCCACAGGACUGGUAGAACUGGUUCUGAACAAGCUGACUACUGUACACUCACUGAGCUCACAAGGGAUCAUCACACAAUGACCGAUGUGCUCUUUGGAAGAAAUCUGAGACUGAAAGUGUCUUUAACGUUGUGGAAGAGAAAUGUUGGAGAGCUGUUGACAUACUUUCUGAGAAUCCAAGACAUUGGUGUGUUUGUUGAUUUUCUCCCACUGAUAAUCAAAAGCAUUGAUGAAGGUUCUUCCAGGAUCACCAUUGGCUGUUGUAUCGAUCUCUUUCCUUUAGUUAUGAAGGUCCUCGCCAAUCCAUAUGAAGAGUAUCUUAUUGUUGGUUUAAAGUGGAUAAAUUCAGUUUUGAAAAACUGGUGUGAGGAACUAAAAGCAAGUGGCUUUAGUGGAUCAACUAAGCCUCCAUUGGAUAAAAAUUUCCAGGUCUUUAAUCAGCAGUUAUUGGAGUUAUGGCAUCAGGAACCUUUACUGAAAUCUGUUCCAGGAGCUGCUGGAGACAUGGCAAAGGUCAUUGAUUCCUUCCUGUCUCAGCUUACUUGACGGUAAUGAAGAACCAGAUAACAAAAUGGUCUUGGGUAGCAGGACCAACAAAAACUCACUGUCCUGAUGUGAUGUCUGUAGAGCUUGAUGUAUUUAUUGCAGAACAUCUUGAAGUACUGACAACAUGCAAUAUAAAUGAAAUCAUUGUAAGUAAGAUAAACAUAGGGAAGCCCUGAGAGAUAAGUGGUGAUCCGUUUUUCUAACUGAUCUAGAUUGUUUUCUCUAAAAAUGGUUUACCUGGAUAAGUUAAGUUACUUUUGUUUUCUAACUGUGAAAACAACAUUGUUUGUUGCUUUACCCAUUUUGGCCACAAGAGGCAUCACUACACCAUGAACAUGGCUAACAUAUCUUGGAAAAAAACAAAAAAAUGUUUUACCUGUUCUAAAGUCUUAAACACAAUAGAGAGUCCAUUUAGAUCGACUAAGUAAAUGGAUCACCAGGACGCUCUUUUCUCACUCUUGGCUUCUGUAUUGAUAAUUAUGAAGAUUGUAAUGAAGAUUUUGAUCAUGUGCAAUUUAAGUUAUGUCACAGAAACUUUCAUAAAUUAAAGAAUGAAUGUAAGAAUUUAGUUUGAUUGAUACAUUGUGUGUCUUAUGUCUUUAACUGCCCCAAUGAUGAUGAAUAAAUUGGUAUGUAUUUUU